UCUUUCACACAUUCAAAUCCAACGUUCACCUCUUGUCAACAUGACUUAUUACAGUACUCUUAUCUGCCACCACCCAACUAUUUCUUCUCACCAAUUCUUGAACAAUGGCGGCGGCCACUCCUCUGCACCCAAAAACAAUCCCACAAUUCCUCACAACCCCAACAACUUCAUCAAUCCCACUAACCCAUUUCACAAACCUCUCCUUCUUCAACAACCAAUCAUCUCUCUCCUCAAGAAAACCCGGGUCGUCGUCGUUGACCCGACCCGCCGCCAAGAAGAACAACCGAUGGCUCGACCCGUUCGAGCAGGGCGACGACCCGGAGAUGGAGUACGGCCAGCUGUUCUCCGACGGCAAGCAGGACGAGGACCCACGCCCGCCGGACAACCCGGGAAACCCGUACGGGUUCCUCAAGUUUCCGAUGGGCUACACGGUGGAGGUCGCCUCGCUUGGGCUGAAGAUCAGGGGCGACGUUCGGCGGUGCUGCUGCGUGGUCUCCGGCGGGGUCUACGAGAAUAUUCUCUUCUUUCCGGCGAUUCAGCUGAUCAAGGACAGGUACCCCGGCGUGCAGAUUGACGUCAUCACGUCGGCGAGAGGGAAGCAGGCUUACGAGAUCAACAAGAAUGUGCGGUGGGCUACUGAGUAUGAUGUGGACGAUGAUUAUCCUGACCCGGCUGAAUAUACUGACAUGCUUGGAUUAAUUAAGGGAAGGUAUUACGAUAUGAUCUUGUCGACUAAAUUGGCGGGGAUAGGCCAUGCAGCGUUCUUGUUCAUGUCUAGUGCACGUGACCGAGUUAGCUACGUUUAUCCGAACGCAAAUGGCGCAGGAGCGGGGCUAUUUCUAUCAGAAACAUUUACACCCGAUACCGCUAAUUUAUCCGAGGGCGGUUACAACAUGUAUGGUGAGAUGGUGGAUUGGCUGGCUAGACCAUUCCGUAGUGUCCCGAGGCAGGUGGUGCCGCCACUGAAAGUGUCGAUUUCGAGGAAGGUGAAGGAGGUGGUGGAGGCAAAAUAUAAGAACGCCGGUGUAUCGAAGGGGAAGUAUAUCGUAAUUCACGGAAUUAAAUCGGAUUCGAAGGCUUUGAUGCAAUCCAGGGGAGACACUGAUAGUUUGCUGCCUAUUGAGAUAUGGGAUGACAUUGCUUGUGUCAUAAGGGGACUCACUCCGGUAUUCGUGAUCCCGCACGAGAGAGAAAGGGAAAACGUGGAAGAUUUCGUCGGUGAAGAUGCUAGCAUUGUGUUCAUUACCACCCCUGGCCAGCUUGCUGCUCUUAUAAACGACUCUGCGGGAGUCAUAGCUACAAAUACGAUCGCUAUACAACUUGCGCAUGCACGCGGAAAACCAAGUGUGGCAUUGUUCAGCUCGGACGAUAAGGCGAAGGUAUUCGUUCCGAAUCCGGAAGAGAAGAAAUGUGCUGUUAUUACAUCAAAGACUGGGAAGCUUGAAGAUAUAGAUGUUGAAGCUGUUAAAAAUGCUGUCCAGAUUUUCAGCAUGCCCCUGGCUAUUUUCUAGUCAAAUUUUUAUAAAUUUUUAUAAAUUUAUAUAAAUUUUUGUAAUUUUCUUUAUUCUUCC